AUGAGCGCACAUAUCGAGCCAGCGCCUGCGUCCCAGCAGAGCUUCAACAGCAGCAACCAGAGCCAGAGAGCGCCUCUCCAACCAGUCAGCCGCCAGCUCACUGUUCCACUUGCGAAUUCCCAAGAUGAGAACCCCAAGGCCGUCACACCAAGCUUCCCGGCUUCUCCUGCGAUCGCAACGCCGCCACCUGCUGCUAUGAAUGCACAUGUACCCGUACCUACUGGUGAAGCCCUGAAAGCAGAAGAGCAAGACCAAGAGACCCAGUACGAACCCCGUGACCAGGGCAACCCGUUCGCCGCGUCGCAGGAUGCCGAUGAUUCUGAGCGUAGGCGAGGCCAAGAGCUGCAACAACUCGCCGCUGAGACCAAUCCUGAGAGACUAGAGGCUGGCGUCACCGCCGGCUUGGGGGUGCUUUCCAUCAUCGAGAAGAACCUCCAACUGGUGGGCAAUCAUCCAGACGCAAUCAAUUGGAUGGAGCAAAUCGAGAAAGUCCGCAAGGAUGCUAGCAAGUCGCGCACCGUUGUCGGUGUGGUGGGCAAUACUGGAGCAGGUAAGAGCAGUGUCAUCAAUGCAAUGCUCGAAGAAGAACGCUUGGUGCCCACGAAUUGCAUGCGAGCGUGCACAGCAGUCGUCACGGAGCUUUCCUACAACGAAUCGACGAACCCGAAUAUGAAGUACCGGGCCGUGAUUGAAUUCAUCCAGCCCGAAGAUUGGGAGAAGGAGCUUCAUGUGCUUUUCAAGGAGAUUUUCGACGAGACAGGACAAAUUUCCAUAGACAUUGCAAACGCUGAUUCUGACGCCGGCAUCGCAUACGCCAAAGUGCGCGCUGUGUAUCACAAGCACACUCGCGAUAUGCUGGCCAACACCACCGUUGCGUCGCUCAUGAAUCAGAAGCACGUCAAGAACGUGCUAGGCAAAGUCCGAACCAUCAGAGAUCCCGAGCCCAAGGCCUUUUACAAGCAUCUUCAGCAAUACGUCGAUUCCAAGGAGAAGGGUACCGAGAAGCGAGACAAGAAUGGUAACAUCAAUCACAAUGCCAAGCGCGACUUUGAACUCUGGCCAUUGAUCAAAGCCGUCAAAAUCUACACAAAGGCAGACGCCCUGUCGACUGGUGCCUGUAUUGUAGAUCUUCCAGGUGUCCACGAUUCCAACGCAGCUCGUGCCGCCGUCGCCACCUCCUACUUGAAGGAAUGCACCGGACUUUGGAUCGUUGCUCCCAUCAAUCGAGCGGCCGUUACAUUCAUUUGUUCAAAGACAGACGACAUCUCUCGAAUGGAGGCCUCAGACAGUCUCAACCUUGGCAACGAGUAUCAGGAGCUUGACGACAAGCUGGUGGAGGUCGAGCGUCGUCGCAAGGAAUUGAACGCAGAGCUCAAGGAAAAGAAGGGCAAGAAGUCAGACUACGAAGAGACCAUCGAUCAAGUCGAAGAAGACAUCGAAAAGUGGGACGAGCUGGCUGACCAGGUGGAUCAAGGAAAGGCUGUCUAUCAGCCAACACAGAAGAAGCGCAAGAGGCAGGGCUCAAGUUCUGGAUCGAACAAGCGGCGGCGGGCACGAGUAGAGGAUUCGGACGACGAAAGCAAUGAGCGGUCCUCUCCACCAGGAACGACGGAUGAGGCACCAGAAGAGGCCAGUGAUCCUCUCACCGAGCAGAUCGUCAACGCCAAGCUCGAAGAACUCAAGCAAAUGAAGAAGGACGCUCGCCGCGAGAAGAACGCGCUGACUGACCGCAUCGAUGAACUGAAAGAGCUCUUGGAGGCCAACGCGGAUGAGACAGACGAAAUCGACGCUCGGCAGAACGCACUCUGCAUUGCCGGCCGCAACGACUACUCCCGUCACGCGAUUCAACAAGACUUCGCCGCUGGCAUUCGCGAGCUCGAUCAAGAGAAUGCCUGUGACGAAGACCCGGAUUCUUUCGAUCCAUCAGAAGACAUCCGCAACUAUGCUCUCGUGGCGAACUCUCUCCCGGUGUUCUGCGUGAGCAGUCGGGGAUAUCAGAAGUUAUCAGGACGUCUCACGAAAGACAACGAUGUUCCUGGGUUCCGCGACGUGGCGGAAACGCAAAUCCCCCCACUCCAAGCACACUGCAAGAAAUUGACAGAGAAGGGUCGCCAGGCAGCCUGCCGACGAUUCUUGAACAACACACAAUCCCUGCUCACAUCCAUGGGACUCUGGGCCUCUGACGACGGAUCUGGUAUCAAGCUUACGGCCGCUCAGAGAGACGCCGAGAAAUCAUUCCUCUUGCGCGAACUCAAGAAGCUCGAAGCUGCUUUGGAGAAUACUGUCAACAACACUCUCGACGAUGCCGUCGCUAGUCUCGGCGAGCAGCUGUUCGAGAAGUUUGAAGGCGCUAUCAAGACUGCAGUGAACGACGCUGUGCCCACUUCUUCUCGGUGGGGCGCUCGCAAGGAUGAAGGAGGGCUUUAUUGGUCGACUUACAAGGCCACUGUUCGCCGAUCGGGAGUCUACACUUCUGCCUCAGCUGGACACCGCGACUUCAAUGGAGAGCUGACGGAGCCGCUUUACAAGCAUCUUGCGACGGCCUGGGAGAAGACUUUCCAACGCCGCUUACCGAAUAUCUUACAGACAUGCACGAGGUCUGCAACUGAUGUGGUGAGGAAGUUCCAUGCCGCCGUAGAACAGCGGGUGCGUGAGAAAGGCCAUGGAAUCAGCCGGAUUGGCAUGAUCGGCGGGCAGCUCCAGACGCACAGCGCGAAGUUUGCCGAUCUGGUUGCUGGUGCAAUCGAAACGCUCAACAACGGCCAGAGAGACAUCAACAGAGAGUUCACACCUGUUAUCGCGAACGCCAUGGAGCCCUCGUACACCUUUUGCGCCGAAGAGCGUGGUGCUGGUCAAUACAUGAGGAUGAAGGCUCACAUGCAGGACCAUGUCUCAACGCAACGCUCGAACAUGUUCCACAAUGCAGCAGAGUCUGUUCGCAAGAGCUUGCUGAAGCUCUGCAACCAAGUCAAGAAAGCAAUGCUUGACAGAUCGGACGAGGUGUAUGUUUCCAUGAGCAGAGACUACCUGACGCUCGUAGGCGUACAGAGAAGCGAGAAUCGAAUGUCGCGCGAGGAGCGAGCUGCCCGUCGUGAGGUCGAUGAUGCUAUUGGCGCUGCCGAUGCUCACUUCGGCAGGGUCUUGAACGCGGCCCUCGAAGACCUGAAGGUUGAGGAGCAGGAGAAUGACGGAGCGGACACCAUGGAAGAGAUUGCUGAGAAUGAGAUGGAAUUUGAGGACGAUGUCGACGAUUCCGAGGACGAGGACGAGGCCGGCAAGGAUGAGGCGGACGAUAGCAACACCGCGGCUGAUGACACCGCUGAUGUUGAGAUGGGAGAAGAUGAUGCUGUCUCGAGUUCGCGCGGAAUCGACGACUGA